ACGAAUAUUGGGCGGGAAAAUAAAACAAAAGAGUGAUUCAUCAGACGCUGAAACUCUACUUUCUCAGUGAGAAACUGAGAAUUCAGAACCGCCCAGGGAAAGAGAGAAGCAGGACACAGGCGGAGAGAAACCAGAGAGAGAUUUUGACCGACGCCGGGGGAAAUGAGAGGUCCUCGCCGUGGGCAGAAGGAUUCCUUCAUCCCACAGCCGGCACAAGACCACCGCCACCGCCAGUUCCCCUACAGCAACGCCUCCCGCGACUCCGACGCCAGCUUCGCCAGCAGCCGCCCGUCCUCCGUCGGCGUAGGCCUUCCGUCCGUCGCUCUGGUCGAUACCUACAAAGACCGAUCCCGCCAGGCGGAGACCCUUCGCGCUAUCAACCACUAUCUCUCCUCCAAAUCCUCGCCCUCGCUUCCGACCAACCAAACCCCCUCCAGCAAACAGAUCAAGGAAACCCUAAAAUUCCUGCUUACGAAUCUCGGUUGCCCGGUCGAUAAGGUCGAAGACGAUCUCUUGAGCAUUCUCAAAGUCCUCGGAUGCCCAAUCAAGAUCAACGGGUCGACGCUCCGCGCCCCCAACACUCCUCACAAUUUCCCUUCUUUCCUCGCCCUAAUGCACUGGCUGGUUGACAUUGCCGCGUGUAAUGAGCAGCUCGCCAAGAAGUCAGGUCGGUCUCUUGAAAGUGACAUGUUUACUUACGCCUUCGACAGUUACUUGAACUACAUGACCGGCGAAGACAAUGAGGUGGAGGCGUUGGAUGCGGAAUUCACAGCCAGGUUGGAGGAGGAGAAGAACGGAUUCAAGGAAGGGAUUGCGUAUUUGGAGAAUGAGUGUAAUGAAUUAGCUGCCGUGGCGGAGAGGUUGAAGACUGAGCCCACGAGAAGGGAGAAAUUGGAGACUGAGAAGAAUGUCCUGGAACAGGAUGUGGGAAAGUACCAUGUUAUGAUGGGGGAGCUCAAGCAGAGAAUCGAGAGCACGGAGAAGCUAUUGGAGGACAAGCGGGCUGCCAUACUGGCCAAAGUUGAGGAGAUAGAAAGGUUCAAUGCUGAGAAUGAGGAGUUGAAGAAACAGGUGGAGAGCCAGAGCUUCAAUAUCAGGGAUGCUGAACGGAUGAGGAGGGAUCUGCAGGCGGUGGAGAGAGAUAUUGCGGAGGCGGAAACUGAUAGGAACGCCUGGGAGGAGAAGAUAUGGGACCUUGAAGCAACGAUUGGGCAAAAGUUCAAGGAGCUUGAGGUGAUGGCCAUGAAUUGUAACCAGGAGGCUAGGAGAUUGAAGCUUGAGAACAUUUUUCAGCACGGCUUGAAUGCCAACGGUUCCACACCUGCUGAAGUAAUGGGGAUCGACUGCAAGUCUACGCUUAAACCUAGACUAAAUUCCCUUGCUGAUGGUCUAAAGAAUAGCUUUGUGUUAAAGCUGGAGGAGAAGAUGUCGCUUCAGCAACAAUCAUCAGAAAUGGCAACUAAGAUUGACAUCAAAAGAAACGAUCUUUCCCAGAUCCAGUCUCAGAUUGAUGAAAUGGAAGCUCAGCUGAAUCAUACCAAGACAGAAAUUGAGGAUUACCUGAGCAAAUGUGCAUUGGAAACAAAAAGCAUGAUGGAAACCAUCACAAACGAGGCCCAUACCUUGGUGUUGUUGGAAAAAGAAGCAGCAGCUAUUCUACAGGAUAAGAAGGUGAAGUUAGGAGAAACUAUCAAACAAAGUGAAGAACAGGUGCAAGUGAAAGCUCGCCAACUGUUCACCCUGGUGGAUUCAAUCUCAAACUGCAAGGAGCACACUGACUCCUCUAUCUCUCGCAUGAAGAACAAGCUUGCAGAAACACAAGCUGCUGUCUCAGAUGCCAGCAGUAACGUUUUACUCCAACUGGGUACCAAUUCUGCAGCCCGCUAAGAUGGGUCUAUAAGGAAGAUCACUAAGGGCAGAAUCUUCGCGCCUUUCGGCAUAUUUCUUCUCCGUUCCGUUGCUGCUUUUUCUUGCAAUGAUCUCCAUUCUAGCUAAUAUACAUUACGCUGUAUAUAACAUCCUCGUAAGAUGAAAUGUUAAUAAACUGUGAUGAAAGCCUUUCGAGCGUUGAGUGGUGGUAGCUAAAGCUAUGGGUCUGAAGUUCAGCUUGUAUUUGAUCAAUUUAUCCAUGUUAUGUUUGAAUGAUUGAUUUAUUCGUAGU